GCCAGAGAUUCAUGCGUACGCCUCCCGCUACCAUGUCGUCUACCAUCAAUCCUCGUGUGAUUCUUUUUUCACUUAUAUUCACCAAACUCGCCUUUGACCGCAUAUGCUAUCUAGCAAGUCUGGUAAACCCUUCUGCCGACCCGCAAGCUCCCAUUCUCGAUGUUUUGGAAUAUGGCCACCCUAGCUCGGGCGACGAAAUAUACAAGAUGAUUUCGUCUUAUGGACCAAAAGGCAGACAGGCUUACCUCAGUCUGUCACUGUUCGACACGGGAUUUGUGCUAAUUAGAGUUAUUCCUCUAUGUGUAUUUGCCCAAUGGGCAUAUAACAAAUACCCUCGCAUUGCCAACCCAUUAAUCUACUUUUUCGCUGCCGCCUCUGUUUGGGAGGUUCUGGAAAACGCAAUGGUAUGGUUUGUUGUAAAGCAAUUCCCCAGACGCUAUGACGGAAUUGCAUCUCUUUUGGUUCAUUGGAUCUCUAUCAAGUGGUAUACACUGUAUGUAACUUGCGCAUCGCUCGCUAUUGGUGUCCUCGUUGGUAUCUACCAUUCCUUCCACGCCCUUUUGGCCGACAGUGUUUUGAUGGACAAGGACCGCACAAACCCUAAGCCUGUGGUCAAAAGACCUGUAGCUGGAGGUAGCGCACAGAGAUCCAAGAAAGCAGAUUAGACGGACGGAAUUGAUAGCUAGCAACAUGUUAAAUAGUUUGGGAGGAAGGGGAGGGGGGUUUUA